AUGCUUAUCGCAGCUGCGGUGAGUCUUCCAACUUUAUUUGUGAAGAAUCUCUCGCAGGUUGCAUGGAUGAGUUUAUUGAGUGUGAUAGCUUUAAUGGUAGCAGUAGUUGCUGUUUUAGCUUACGGAAUAGCUCAUGAAUACUCAUGGGCCCCAAGGGAAAUCUUGGUGUGGAAUAUAGAUAAAGUGCCCGUUUCGUUUGCAAUUAUUAUCUUCAGUUAUAUAUGCCACCCUGUUUUGCCAGGUGUUGAGGCAAGCAUGGAAAACAAAUCCAAAUAUCGCACAAUGCUUGCCCUUUCAUACUUUUUCGUUGCUAUCGUAAAAGUGUUUUUUUCAGUGUGUGCAUUUUUGUCUUUCAGUUCUCAUAUCCAAGAUGUGAUCGUAAACAGCCUUCCUGUUGGAGUUAUCCGUAGCCUUGUAAACGCAUUUUUACUUUUAAACGUAUUUUUUUCAUAUCCUUUUCGUGUAAUAACGAUAAUCCAAACAAUCGAAGAAUCGGUCUCCCCCGAUUCGUUCUCUUGCAAGAUACCGGAUCUUGUUUGGUUUAUUGGCAUCCGAGUCUUAACCAAUUUCCUUACCCUACUUCCGGCAAUUUUAAUCCCACAUUUUGCGCUCUUUAUGGCGUUUAUUUCAAGUUUAACGGGAUCUGCGAUUGCGUUUAUUUUACCAGUAAUUUUCCACCUCGUCAUAAAACAACAUGAGCUAAAACUAUACCAUUAUAUUUUUGAUAUAUCAGUUUUAAUUUUCGGUUUCCUUGCAGCUGCACUUGGGUUGGUUUACAGUGGGAAAUCUCUUUUUGAGGAUUUGUUCCAUCAUCAUUCAAACAAGUAA